GUCGUUCUCUGCAAUGUCACGCAAUGCUCCUGACUGCUUUUAGUUCGAGUGGGGUUUGAAUUCCUAACAUCAAAAGGUCGAUUUUGUUUCAUCAACGUGAUGUUAGCUUCAGUGCUGAUAGUAGUCUUCAUUCUGAAGUCAUUUCACGUGAUUCAAGCCGACGGUGUUCUAGUUGGAGCUUUCGUGAUGCCCCACGGAGGGAUCGCUCUGGACCCACGCUACUUCAACACAACAAACGCCACCGCUAAAGCUCAAGCUUGGUUGGUACAUGACGCCUCUAAAGAAGUGGGCAAACAAAUCGAGGAUCUUAAGCCUGAUACCAUCGUUCUCAGCACCCCGCACGGAAUUGCAGCCCCUGAAGAUUUCAUUUUCUACCUUAGCCCGAGAGGAUUCGGAUAUUCUGACACAGAUAACUGUGCGUGUCCACCGUGCUGUUAUAACUUAUCCGUUGUCAUGGAUACCAAAGGCAGUGAGACCCUCGUAAGGAUGCUCAAGGAAGAAAACGAGAAUGUAUCGUAUCUGAGCGCAUUCGGACCUCCCGGAAACGAAGAUGUUCCCUUCCCUUUGCGAUGGGGCGAGGUAGUUCCUUUGUAUUUCACGAAAGGUGUUUUAGGCCUGCCAAGUACUAAGGCGAUCAUUCUGUCCCAGCCGAGUCGCAGGUACACGGAAAGCGUGAAGAUGAUUCCUGAGCUGCGCCAUCUCGGCGAAAGUUUGUUUGGAAUUCUUCACUCUCAGCUCGAGAAGAUCGUGGUCAUCAUUAGCGCUGACUUGGCGCAUACUCACUUGAAAUCAGGGCCGUACGGAUUCUCCACCGCUGCCGAGCCAUUUGACAAAGCGUGCGGAGCGUGGGUGAGCACCCAGGAUUCUGAGAAGCUUGUGGCUGAAGCGGCAUCCUAUGUGGACAAAGCGCUCUCCUGUGGAUUCACAGGACUGGUUAUGCUGGACGGGAUGUUAAAGGCCGGUCCCUUUGCCUGGAAAUCCAGGCUUCUCGCCAACUACCACCCGAGCUACUAUGGCAUGAUGUUGGCGUCUUUUGUGCCUCAGCAAUGAGCAUAUUUAAUGUACAGUCUUCUGUAUGUAGUCCACUGCGAAUAAGCGAUCGUUUGUUUUGAAGGUUGGUAGGUGCGGAUUCAGAGGAGACAAACACGAUUGGAACAGAUUAUUUGGAGAAUUCAAUUUGCAAUUGUAAGUGCUCUUUACAAGAUAGCUCAUCUUCUCCAUGAGGAGGAUAAUCAGAAAAAACUACUGAAGAUUUCCGUUGGUGUCCCGUUUUCUCAAACGCCAUGUAUCUUGAAACCCACGUUCAGUGUGGAACUUAAGGCAGCUAACUAACCGUGAAUUUUGAGUCUUGAUUUUACAGUGUCUACCUUGAAUAUCUCGAGUCAAUUUCGCAUCCCGAUUACAUGGUGCGCCGGUCAAAGUGUAAUUCCACUUUAGUGUCAUGGAGCUAUCUUUCCUCCAAAUUUCCUUAAGGACAUUUCAAAGAUCAUCAACCACUCUUAUUUUAAU